AUGCAACACAAAAAGCAGAACUGUGGCCAGACGGUGUCGACACAGUCACAACCCAAACUUGAUACAGAUACGGACAAUAGACCUCUCAGCCAGACUGCCAGCUUCAAGGGACCUUCAUUCAAUAUUUCGUCAUUUGUCUCCGCCAUCGCCAAUCCGCCAACCAUCACCCGCGAUGUUGCUGGAAUUGAGCAAGAUAGCCAGCGCAUCCUCGAACUAUGGACAGGUCAGGCGGCAGGCCACAGCAUGUCGACGACUCGCAACGGAUGCUGA